CCCCCCCCCCCCCCCCCAAAUCCCCCGCAAUGCGCGUUCCGUCUCCGCUUCUGCGGAGCUUGAGACCCAACACUCUCCCUCUGCCAUUGCGUUCUUCCACAUCCAAACCUGCAUUACUUUCGAGAGCUAUCGCCAAUUACACACAUCCUCAUCAUGCCUCUGCUAUCUCCGUCCUACCCACUGCCGUGGACACCGCCUCAGCCGAUUUUCAAGAAAAUGCCCAACAGAUGCAAGCACUCCUUGAUCGCAUGACAAGUCUUCACGGCACCAUCUCCCAGGGCGGUCCUCAGAAAGCCAAGGACAAGCACCUCGCCCGAGGCAAAAUGCUUCCGCGGGACCGAGUCAGUGCCCUCGUCGAUCCAGGCACGUCGUUUCUCGAGCUCUCCCCGCUCGCGGGCCACGAGGUCUAUGGAGAGGACGUUCCCGCCGGCGGCAUCAUCACCGGAAUCGGCACCGUGGAAGGGGUGAAGUGCAUGAUAGUCGCCAAUGACAGCACCGUCAAGGGCGGCACCUACUACCCGAUCACCGUGAAGAAGCAUCUUCGGGCGCAGGCCAUCGCGCAGGAGAACAAAUUACCCUGCAUCUACAUGGUGGACUCGGGCGGGGUCAACCUGCCGCAUCAGGCGGACGUCUUCCCGGACCGUGAUCACUUUGGCCGCAUCUUCUUCAACCAGGCCCGCAUGAGCUCGCUGGGCAUCCCUCAGAUCUCCGUGGUCAUGGGGCCCUGCACCGCGGGCGGCGCCUACGUGCCCGCCAUGAGCGACGAGACGAUCAUCGUCGAGAACCAAGGUACCAUCUUCCUUGCUGGACCUCCCCUGGUCAAGGCCGCCACGGGGGAGGUCGUCUCCGCCGAAGACCUUGGAGGCGGUCACCUCCACAGCACGAUCUCCGGCGUAACAGACUACCUCGCCGUCGACGACGCCCACGCCAUCGUGCUGGCUCGGCGAUCCGUAGCCAACCUGAACUACCCGUCAACCAGUAUCCCGCAAAACACCAUCAAAGAGCCCCUCUACGAUCCCCAGGAACUCAAUGGCAUCGUCGGCACCAACCUCCGCCGGCAGAUCCCCGCGCACGAAGUUAUCGCGCGCAUCGUCGACGGCAGCGAGUUCGCCGAGUUCAAGCGCGACUACGGGACGACACUGGUGACGGGCUUCGCGCGCAUUCACGGCUACCAAGUGGGUAUUGUCGCGAAUAACGGCAUCCUCUUCUCCGAGUCCUCCCUCAAGGGGGCUCACUUUAUCGAGCUCUGCGCUCAGCGCAACAUCCCGCUGGUCUUCUUGCAGAACAUCUCGGGAUUCAUGGUCGGCGCCGACGCGGAGAAGGGCGGCAUCGCAAAGAACGGCGCCAAGCUCGUGACGGCCGUCGCAUGCGCUGACGUCCCCAAGUUCACGGUGGUUUUUGGUUCCAGCGCCGGCGCAGGCAACUAUGGCAUGUGUGGCCGCGCCUACUCCCCUCGGUUAAUGUUCAUGUGGCCCAACGCCAAAAUCGGCGUCAUGGGCUCCGAGCAACUCUCCGCCGUGAUGGAAGCCGUCGGCCGCACCGCCGACCCCGCCCUGAAGGAGCGCAUCGACCGCGAAUCUGAGGCGGUAUUCUCGUCGGCGCGCCUGUGGGACGACGGCGUGAUCCCGCCCGCCCAGACCCGCCAUUUUCUUGGACUGGGACUGUCCGCGGCCGUCGGCGGCAAGGUCGAUCCCGAUGUGCGCACGCGGUUUGGAGUUUUCCGGAUGUAAACCUAUAAAGUUAGGUAGAUAGCCGUCUAGCAGCUAUUCUUGCUGUGGACUGGAAUCGGGGCCCGGGGGAGGUGUUAUGUUACAUGUGCAUGGACAUAAUCCUUUAGUUAGUGCUUGGAAUCUACUAGGACGGUAGAUACCAGCAACCAGUGCAUGCAUGCAAAGAAAAUA